AUGCAAGCUUUCUGCUGGGGUGAAGCCCAAUCUUUCGCGAAAAAGCGUAAGGCGGAGCUGCAGCUUCACGAGUCUGUCGACGCUGAUUCGACCCCACGUUUAUCCAAGCGGAACAAGCAGUACAUACCGCGGAAGCGAUCAAGCAAGCACCUUGACGAGUUGCGGGAGAUCAACGAGGAGCGCGAAGAAAUUAUCAACCCCGUUCCGCCCUUUACCCCAGCGAUUAUCAAGAGUUGGAGCAAGUUCAACGCACACAAGCAGAAGCACCACCUCAAGUUUGGAAACUUUACCCACACGCACCCGACCACGCGAACGCAAGCAUCGUUGUACCUGACAACAAAGACACUUCCGUUGGACGAGCAAGAUCUCGGAGAUGUUAAGACUUUAACGGAUGCUAGUGUUUCUUCCAAGCACAUCACGAACUUCCUGAAUGAGAGAAUCGGUGCGUAG